AUGGCGUCCAACAAUAAGGCCGGCUCAGAUUCCGACUCUGACGAUGGCGACUUCUUCAUCAUCCAGCCCAAGCCAAUAAGCAGAAACAAGGUGUCCUCGCCUAUAGAAGCGGAAAUCCUCCCUACCUCCUCGGACGAAUACGAGAGCCAGUCGUCGUCGGACGCAAAAGCCGGCAAGAAGCGCAAGCGGAAGACCAAAGUCAAGCCUGCGCCGAUCGUUCAACCUGCAUGGCUGGAAGCUGCGCAGAACUCGAGGAGGAGGACGCAGUCUAGGAGUACGACGAGGGAGGUCAGCAAGCCGCGAGCUGAAGUUGUGGAACUGGUCGACUCGGAGGACGAAGAGCAAAAGGCAAAGCGCAGGCGCCAACAGGCAGUCUUGGAAUUGACUCCUCCGCCUGAUCUGACCGAGGAGGAAAAGACCAGGAUACGAGGGCUGGUCGACCAAGCCCUCCCGAUCAAUCCUAUCGAGCUGGACGACGACGAGGACGAUGACGAGCUCGUCACGCGGACGUCGGAACCGAGGGCGUCUUCGCCUGGCGACGAGUACGAGCAGGACCCGCGCGUCACGAUCAACAUUCACAUGGUGGCGGAUCCGGACAAGAUCGCGGCGGGGACGAGUGCGAAGGCUAUCGAGCGAUAUGAGAAAGCGUGGGCUUUGUAUGUGAACCGGAGAGAUCCGCUAUCUCGGAUGAUCCGGGAUCUGGCCGAUAAGAUUGGCAAAAACGCAGACGACCUCAUCGUGGUCUACAACGGUCUCAAGCUCGGGCGGCACCUCUCGCCGCUCAAGCUCGGUAUCCCGGGAGGCGGGGAGAUGGAGAUGGUGGGAUAUGAGCGGGAUGUGUACGUCAAGGUGGAGAAGCAGCGGGAGGAGGAGCGGGCGCGGCAAUUGGCGAUCCUGGACGGGACGGCGCCUCCCCCUGCCGCGGAAGAACCUGACGCCGCACCCGAAGAAGGGGAAGGAGGAGGGGAGGCGGAAGCGGAGCCAGAGCCAGAAGACGAGCCAGAAGAAACCAAAAAGAAGGGAACGGUCGUCCGUCUUCGGGGCAAAUGGGGAGAAGCGACUAUCCGGGUGGCGGACACGGUCUCGAUGAAGGCUCUCGCGGCGCAUUAUUGCAGAAAGGUGGAUCAUGUAGGGGAGGAGGCGAAUAUACGGUUUGAGUUCGAUGGGGAGAGGGUGGAGACGGAGCAGACGAUAGGGAGUAUUGGGGUGGAGGAUAGGGAUAUGAUUGAUGUGAUUUGUGGAGUGGGGAAGGCGGAUGGGGAGGGGGAGGAUGAUUAG